AUGGCGUCUUCUUCCUUCUCCCUCACCUCUCCAGCUGCUUCCCUCACCCAAACCUCGUCGCAGUUACCUCUCCCAACCACCCGCUCUCGUCUCCCUCGCAGAGUUUCCUUCCGUCUCUCCGCUAAACCUAAGCUUCGCUUUCUCUCCAAGACUAGUCGGAGUAGCUACCCUGUGGUGAAAGCCCAAUCUAACCAGGUUGGUUCUCCUGCGAAAAUUGAUGGACCCUCAGCUGAAGGAAAGGGUUCAAAGUCAUUGGAAGACUCUUUUUCCUCUUCUUCACCUGAUCAAGCUACAGAGGAGUCUAUCUCUGAGUUCUUGACCCAAGUUACAACUCUUGUCAAGCUUGUGGAUUCUAGAGACAUUGUUGAGUUGCAGUUGAAACAACUUGACUGUGAGCUUGUAAUUCGGAAAAAGGAAGCUUUACCACAACCACAAUCCCCUGCACCCUAUGUUAUGAUGCAGCAACCAAACCAACAAUCCUAUGUGCAAGCACCGGCUCCACCUUCUGCACCUGCUGCCUCACCUGCACCUUCAACUCCAGCCUCCUCGCCUCCACCGUCCCCACCUGCAGCAGCCAAAUCAUCGCUUCCAACUGUUAAAAGUCCCAUGGCAGGCACAUUCUACCGCAGUCCAGGACCCGGUGAACCACCCUUUAUCAAGGUUGGAGAUAAAGUGCAGAAGGGACAAGUUCUAUGCAUCGUCGAAGCUAUGAAGUUGAUGAAUGAAAUAGAGUCUGAUCAAACGGGAACGGUAGUGGAUAUCGUUGCAGAAGACGGCAAGCCUGUUAGCCUCGACACUCCUCUGUUUGUGGUUCAACCGUAGAAUCGGCACCAUUAGACAAUGGAGAAGAGAGGCUACUUUAAUUCAAUCUCUAUGCUUUGGUAUUACUGUUUCUUGAGUCUCUAAGAAUGCGUCUUCGUCAUUGUUACUGUCAAAACUCUGUUAGUUUUUUUUGGUUUGGUGAGGAAGAAAGAGUUUUAGUUUCUAUUGGUUAAAACAAAGAAAAAGAUGAGAGCUCUCUGUUUUAUUUUUUUCUUCUUAUAUAAACACGCAUUCUUGGUUCUGUUUAUUGCAAUUUUCUUAUUUCAAAAGUAUUACCAGCUGAUUAUUUCCUUAAACUCGGCCCGGCCCGGCCCGGCCCGUUU